AAAAUGGCAAUUAAAAAAUUAUUAAAAAAGAACCCAUCAAGACAAAGAGGUUUAAGAAAAAAUAAAAAAUAUGAAAAGGAAAAUGUUAAUAUUGUUAAAAAAAAACAAAAUAAAACACUUGUUUCACAAGAUCUUAAAUUUGCAAGAUCACUUGCAAGUAAUGACAAGAAACAAAGAGAAAAAACUCUUAAAAAAUUACGUGUUUGGAUUUCACUUAGAUCUAAAACGUCAUUUGCAUUCUCAGAGAUGGACUUAAUGAGAUUAUGGAAAGGUCUCUUUUAUUGUAUGUGGAUGUCUGACAAGCCUCUAAUUCAAGAAGAUCUUGCUGAAUCAAUUAGCCAAUUGGUACAUUGUUUUGAGUCAAAAGAAUUGACAAUUUUAUAUACAAAAUGUGCCUUAAAAGCAUUAUCAACUGAAUGGUUUGGAAUUGAUCAGUAUAGACUUGAUAAAUUUCAAAUGUUAGUAAGAAGAAUAAUUCGUCAAACAUUUUAUGUUUGUAAAAAACAAUCAUGGGAUAUGGAUUGGAUAAAUGAUGUAUCAAAAGUAUUUGAAGAAAUAUUAUUAAAUGAAAAAUGUCCACUUGGUUUGUCAUUUCAUAUAACUGAUAUAUAUUGUGAAGAAUUAGCUAAAGUAUCUGAGGGUGAUAUACCAGAAAAUGUUGUUGCUGAAUUAUUACGUCCAUUUGCAAUUAAUUUAGCAGUUAAAAAUGAUAAUCGUCAAAUACGUCAUACAAUAAAACAAGUAUUUAGAUAUUUAAUGUUCCAGUCAGAUGUUGGUAUGGAUUAUAAAGAAAAAUUUGAAGCAUGGAGUAAAGCUGGAUUUCCAACUGGUAAUAUUGAUGCUAUGGAAAAAGUUGAAUUAUCAGAUGAUGAUGAAGAUGAACUUGAAGAAGAAUUAGAUGAUGAAAUGAUGGAUGUUGAUAUGACAAGUGAUAAAAAACAACAAUCAAAACCUUUAGAUCCACGAGCUGGUAGAGUUGAUGUUGAAAUUCCACAAUUACCAUUUGAUGCAAAUGGAAUUGUUGAAUUAUUGAGUGAAUGUAAAAUGAAUCCAUCUUCAACACCAAAAACUCGUAAAAAUAUAUCAAUACUUAUUGAUCAAUUUAAAGAAAUUGCUCAAGGUUCAAUGCCACUUGGUAUUAAAACAGUUGAUUUACCAACACGAAAAAAUCCUGAAACAAAUCCAACAAAAGCAGCCAAGAGAUUGUUGGAACUUGAAGAUAAGCUAUUUGAAACUUCAUGUUCACGAAGAAAGAAGGCACGUAUUGAGAUGAAAAAAAAGAAACGAGUUGAGAAAAAAUCUGAGGCACCAGUUGAGACUACAAUUGAAACAGAAGUUGAGACUCCAAUUGAAACUGAAGUUGACAUUCCACAUGUGGCUCCAGUGGAGGAAAAAGUUGUUACUCCAGUUAAGACAAAGGUAAAGACAAAGAGUCCAGUUUUGAAAAAAGUUAAAAAUUCAAUUGCCAAGACUCCAAUUAAAACUCCAGCUAAAACUUUAACUGAAACUCCUGUCAAGACACCUAAAACUCCAACUAUAACAUCAGUCAAGACUCCAAUUAAAACUCCAGUAAAAACAUCAACUGAAACUCCUGUUAAGACACCUAAAACUCCAACUCUAACUUCAGUCAAGACUCCAAUUAAAACUCCAGUUAAAACAUCAACUGAAACUCCUGUUAAGACACCUAAAACUCCAACUAUAACAUCAGUCAAGACUCCAAAUAAAACUCCAGUAAAAACAUCAACUGAAACUCCUGUUAAGACACCUAAAACUUCAACUAUAACUUCAAUCAAGACUCCAAUUAAAACUCCAGCUAAAACUUUAACUGAAACUCCUGUCAAGACACCUAAAACUCCAACUAUAACUUCAGUCAAGACAUCAACUGUAACUCCAGUUAAAACUCCAUUAAAAACUCCAACUAAAACACCAACUGUCAAGACUCCAUGUAAAACUCCAACUAUAACUUCAGUUAAAGUUUCAACUGCAACUCCAGUCAAGACUGUAACACCACUUAAAAAUACAUUGAAAACUCCAAGUAAUUCACCAACAAAAACUCCAAUUAUGUCUGCAAUUAAAUUAAUGGAUUCAAAUUCAUCAACUAAAAAAAAAGUUAGAAUUGUAUUACAAAAAAAUACAGCUCAAAAUCCAUCUGAAUAUCAUCUUCAACUGAGAAAUAGUCCACAAAAUCCAUAUGAUGGAAAUAAAAAACCACUAGCUGGUGUUUUAAAACCAAGUCCAUUCCCAAGCCCUAGAAAUCCAUUUUAUAAGUCUAAAAUGAAGUAUUGCUAAUGAACAAGUUAAUAAAAAACAGUUCAAAUAAAAUCACGAUUUAAAUUUUAUAUAUUUUUGAUUUUUUUUUUGUCAGUUACAUGAUUAAUAAUAAAGUUAUUAAGAAUAU